AUGCACCGAAUGUACAUGCGAGCACUCCAGAUAGAACUAGUCAAAAUAGGCGUAGCUUUGCAAUUCGACAAUAAGGACGAGAACACGUCCGAGGAGGGGAAACUGAGAAUGAAAAACGCAGAAAUGACUCUCGAACCAGCUUUGGCAAAAUAUAGUACGAAUACAUUCACCCUAAACACAAACGAGAAAUUGACGAUUGGAAAUCUAGCUCAAGCAGUUCGUGACUACGAGUACAUGAUGACUAGUUCGAGGGCAUACGAUUACUUCAUCGUAUCUUCUGAACGUGUAUACGAUGGAGAUAUUAUUCGUCAAAAUCUUAGAGACCGUCCAGACUAUGAAGAGGCCAUAGCGAAUCUAUACGCAAAAGAAAUAAACUCCGCGCUGCCCACCGGUCCUUGGGAGUGCCUUGACAAGAACAGCCGUGCGAAUCCAAUCGGUAGGACACGCAACGACAGCAUAAAGAGUUUAUUACGCCACAACUUCUGGGGGAAACUGAGUGCAGCUAUUGUUGGCUCAGGGUUUCUGGUUGGUCCUAUGUGGCUCCUGGCUUUGAAGCAACAUCUCUACCUGCAACUGGAAGCUACAACAGGCUUUGUGUUUAUGUUUGGGCUUAUUUUGGCGUACUUCGUGGACAAGGUUGACCAAGUCUUUGCUGGUGCAUUAGCAUACGCUGCAGUUCUUAUGGUGUUUGUAGGCCUGUCUAUACAGGGGGCGGAUACAGGCUAAGUAGCUGCUUCAAAAAACAGAGCAGGAUCUCGUUGAGCCAGCGAGCGCUGGAGGGGGGA